AUGCUUCCAUUUGUUGUGGACCGUGAUGAAAAUGGAGAGUACCCACCAAAGAUUUACUCAGACGAUGAAGUUGGAAGAUGUGAGAAGCGGGUUCAAGAGUAUGCUUCGUUCCUCAGAGACGACGUCCGGCAGUACUUCGAGCUGAUGAUUAGAGACCGUGGUACCUUCUCGCGUCUGACAGUCCCAUCUUGGUACACAAAGGCGUACAACCACCUGAAGUCCGAAAUGCACUACAUUGGAAAAGUGAACUAUCUUCUCGAAAUUCUCAGACACACUUUGCCAUGGUGGUUGAAGCACGAGAUCGGAGCCGAUGUAGAAUUCCCAGAAGUCGGACCAAAUGGAUUGUACAUCGAAGAGGAGCAAUCAUUCAAGAAUGAAAUCACCCUUUUCACAAUGGACAUCUGUCAGUAUGUCCACUGUUCAUACAAAUACGAAGUGGAAUUCAAGGAGCUUUUUCCAUCAGCAUACCACGUCACGAUGAGAGUUCUCGAGUCAAAGAUCGAAACCCAUGAUGACAUGGAAUUAUUCAAGUCGUUGCCCAGCAUAAUUCAAGGACAUCUGGAGGACAUCAUUGGAAAGGAUCAGAUCUACUCAGAGUUUGUGCAGCAUCAGUUGGACUUCAUAACAGAAAUACAGUAA